AAGGAUGUUGAUUGAAUUUUGGCAGUACAGUCUUAGGAUUACUUUGAUUAUUUACUCUGAAUAUUAAAAAAUGUUACAACUAGAUAUCCCAAACUUUCUUUGGCAUGUUAAGAUAAAGACAUCCAUUCUUAAUAACUGCUUAUUCUUUUUUAUGGCAUAAUACGCAAGAUAUGAUAGAUGACUUGUCAAGUUACUGUAAAUUUUACAUUUCAGUAAAACAACACAAAUCGUAUGAAGAAUGAUAUCAAAAGCAAUACAAACAGACAAGAAUUAAUGCAUUAAUGAAGUUACAUUUUAUGAGAAAAGAGGAACAACUUAUAGAAUUUGUGACGCUUCGGACUACAACUCCCACAAUGCCUCUCGUCCAGGUUCCGCUUGUAUAUCGUUCAGUCAGUCUGUCUUCCGCUUUCUGGUGCUCUGUGUGAAUACUAGGCUGCAAUGGCGGCGUGCCGGGCAUCUUCGAGAUGGUUCUUUACCAGGGAGCAGCUCGAAGCCUCACCGUCCCGCCGCUGUGGAGUAGAGGCGGAUAGGGAAUUAUCGUACAGACAACAAGCGGCUAACCUUAUUCAAGACAUGGGCCAGAGACUCAACGUCUCCCAACUCACAAUAAACACUGCAAUAGUUUACAUGCACAGAUUUUAUAUGUACCAUUCUUUCACCAAGUUUCACAGAAAUAUAACUUCACCAACAACCUUAUUCCUGGCUGCAAAGGUUGAGGAACAGCCUCGGAAACUUGAACAUGUAAUUAAAGUUGCACAUGCCUGUCUAAACCCUCAAGAGCCCCCGCUAGAUGCAAAGAGUAAUGCCUACCUCCAGCAAGCUCAAGAGCUGGUGAUACUUGAAACCAUAGUUCUGCAGACUUUAGGGUUUGACAUAACAAUUGAGCAUCCACAUACUGAUGUUGUGAAAUGUUCCCAGCUAGUGCGAGCAAGCAAGGAUUUGGCACAGACUUCCUAUUUCAUGGCUACCAACAGCCUACACCUCACCACCUUCUGCCUGCAGUACAAGCCCACAGUCAUAGCGUGUGUAUGCAUCCAUCUGGCUUGUAAAUGGUCCAACUGGGAGAUCCCCGUCUCCACGGACGGGAAACACUGGUGGGAAUAUGUGGACCCCACUGUUACGCUGGAACUGCUCGAUGAACUGACGCAUGAAUUUCUACAGAUUCUGGAGAAGACCCCCAGCAGGUUAAAGCGGAUUCGAAACUGGAGGGCGACCCAAGCUGCCAAAAAGCCCAAGUCUGAAAGCCAAGCAAGCGAUGGCUCCAUCCCUGACCUCUCCUCAGCCCAGGACCUGGGGCCCUCCUUAGUGGACAGUAUUCCUGGGGUGUUGGCGAGUGCCACCUUUCCCAAAGCCUCUGCGUCCUUUCCUGUCCCUGUGGCAUCGAGCUGUGUCAGCACUGUGUCCCUUGACAGCCUUCCUGGCAUCCAGAUGGCCUCGUAUGACUUCAGCGAGCCCGGCAACUGGCCCAAGGAUGCUGCCCUGGUUGAGGCCCCUCCCCUCCAGCAUGAUACCCCAAACCUGCUACUUUCAAACUCUGCAACCUCCCAGCCAUUUCCCUCAGGUAAAUCUGAACAAAAGGUGGGAGGUGGAGCACGGCACCCCCCCGGAACCCAGAGGAUGACCCUGGACAAAUAUCGGGAGAAGCAUGCUGUGGGUCGGAAGCAGGAGGCUGGCGCAGAAGCACCACUGGCCUCCUUGGACCACAGGAAGCAUCCAUAUCCCCAGCCAGUUCUUACCGGCAUCCCCGAGACCUCUCCAGUAAAGGCUAAGCUGCCCCUGCCUGUACCGGACCGUCACUCGGGGGACAAGCGGGACAAGGGCAGCCUGAAGGUGCGCCUGCCCAUUCUGCCCGGCGAAAAGGGUGACGUAGGACGGGAAGAGCUUAAGAUGAAGAUUAAGGUGUCCUCGGAGCGUCACAGUUCGUCAGAUGAGGGCAGCUCCCGCACCAAACAUUCCAGUCCGCUGACGAGCAAAGACAAGCACAGGGAGCACUCUGGCCACCGGCACCACAAGCAUGGCCACCCACACGUCCACUCCCACAGUGGCAAUGGCCGAGGAGGCCCUGAGGGUACCCUCUGUAGCCCGGUAGGUGUAAGCGGUGAGGGCGUGGGCCCCGGCACCGGCCCCCACCGGAAGAGGGCCCACCCCGAGGCGGGUUCGCACAACCACCACUCCAAAACGAGCAAAAGUUCCAAAAGCUCAGGUAGUGCGUCUCUUUGUUCCUCUGUACGGCAGAUUGUGUCCUCUGAGGGCUCUGUUGUUAACCACCCCUUCCCCCCCCCUCCUCCCCCUGUCGCAUACCAGGUGGGCUACGGACAUCUCAGCACCCUAGUGAAACUGGACAGGAGUCCAGUGGCGAGCCUCGGCUCUGAGGGCAUCGGCCCCGGGGCCAACGGCCUGCAAACUGACUACAAGGACACUUUUGAUAUGCUCGAUUCGCUCUUAAGUGCCCAGGGCAUGAACUCGUGAACUAUAAGGGGGCGUCUGCGCGCGGGAGCCGGGGUCUCGGGCUUAAGACCGGAACAGAAAGACUCGCUUUUAACCUUAAGGCCGUGUCGCUGAGCUUUCAUUAUACAGUACUUGCAGCUCCCCCCCGCCAUGGUAUGCAAGUGCUGUGGGAGGGUGGUAUAGUGUAAAUCAAUCUCCAUAUGAAUUGUAUUCUAAAUACUGCGUAGGCAGUAUCUUUGCGUAAAAGGCAGUAUUUAUUUUUUGGAAUAGUAUUUCCAGGAUUUAUGCAAAAGAAUGAGCAGCCUCAAUGCUCUGUCGAGGAUGAGUCACACACUGCAUCUGAAAUGGGUGUUAGUCGCUUGGGUCCUUCAAUAAGUGUACCUUUUUUAUAUCUUUAUACUGUGUGUAUGAUUUGCAUGUUUCAAUCAGAGAUAAAAUGGGGUAAUGACUGUUUACAGAAAAAAGAUAAAUGUGCAUAUGUUUUCUAUGUUAAAAUUCUAUACCCUAAAUACUCAGGUUUAGAGCUGCUUGUAAGUAACAAAGUAUAUACAUAUAUAAAAGACAAUUGUAACUCGGUGUAAGAAGUCCACGGCAGGCGUGACUGAUCUGCAGCAUUCCAACGCUUAUGACCUGUAAUCUGCACGGCUGCCAGAAGAGGGCGCACAGUCCAUCCAGACUUUAAUCUGUCACCUGUCAUGCUGUAAAGUCAUGGGGUUAUUUUAACCACCGUAGAUUAAGAUGGAUACAAAUGGAUGUGCGUAUAAUUUAAGGGGACAGAAAUAGAAGAAUAAAGUUUACAUGAUCUUUGCUAAGAAAUCACCUUUGGAUCGGUGCAGUGUCCUGGACCCAGGGCUUUACACUCAGAGUGUAGGGUUACUCGCGUCUCGUGUGGCUGAGUAGGAGGAGUGUACUUUUCCAUCAGUUUCUAAUAACUCGUUUUAAAUUUUGGUCUGUGGGUUGGUCUGAAAUGACUGCAUGUCGCGGGUCCACGUAUGUGGGGGGAGGGAGGGGGGUGUUUCCGGCUCAUGCAUCGACCGCUCAACAGCAGUCAUUACAGUGGCUUGAAAAGACGAGCAGUCCGGUUUAUCCAUUUCAACUCAAAUAAACUUUAAGGUUGCCAUUACCUUAAACCUCA